AGUUAGGAAUCUAUCAAGAUAUUCAGAGUUGAGAGGUAGCAGUUUCAUACCCAUUGGGCAGUUUGCUGUGAACACAAUUCAAACUACUGAUUCCACCAUCAAGUUAAAUAAAGUAGAUGCAGUGGUUCAUAUUCAGGUCACAGCACGAAGUUCUAUCAUAACUUUCAAAGUAUGUUAUAUGCAACCACUGUGAAUAAGGAUAGGUAAGAACUCACCUUAUGUACACUAACAAUACACCCUCUAGAAUUUUAGCAACGCUUAUCUACUUAUGUUUUCCGCUACGACCCGUUGUUUUUCUUAGAUUUACUGUUCCCUGCCCAGUGUGUAUUUUUCAUCCUCUCCCCAUCCUCAAGGUGUAGGAUUUUGGUUUCCGACAAGGACAUGGAACGCACAUGAACAACAUGAAUGGGACAAAAAUGUGACUAUCAUCUUCAAUAUGGCCCACAGCUUUCCAUCCUUAUGCUAGCUGGGUCUGGAGAACACUGCAUAUAUUUUUACUAUAUUUUUGUAAUCUUUCCAGGCUGCAAAUCCAGAAGAAAUGGUCAGAUUUCAUUUUGUGCUUAUCUUUUUCCUUUGUUACAUCCUCUCCCCAUUACCCUCUGCAGCCACCCCAACAAAUAAGCUUGUAGACAAGGUUUGCAACCAAACAUCCAACUACACUUUUUGUGUUGAGGCUCUCUACUCUGAUCCUCGAACCCCAGCUGCUGAUGCCUAUCAGCUGGCUUAUGUUUCUUUUGGUCUGGCUUAUCUGAACGCCAGCGCAACCCAGGACCACAUUGCUGAGCUCAUCAAGAUCAGCAACAGCACCUCUGCCAGCCACAAACGCCUCAAGAUUUGCCAACAUGAUUACCACAAGGCGGUUUUGGCACUUGAAGAGGCAUAUAAUGACUUGAACUCCGAGACUUUCUUUCAAUUGGCUAAGUUGGCUGCUCGUGCUGCUGCAGCUGCUGAUGAUUGCCAGUCUGCUUUCAGGGGAACCCAUUACUCGCCAUUGGCAACCAGGAAUGCUUAUUUGAAAGCUCUUUCUGAUAUCUGUGUUGUCGUCUCCAAACUCUUUACUGAAGGAACCUUUUGAUGUUGUCUAUACAUUGUUCACCAAGUAAG